AUUGUCCAUUCAACCCUUGGAUCAAGACUUACAAAUGAAAAGCAUUGAGAAACACAAUAUGACAAAACAUACCACAAAGAAAUAAAUUAAUAAAGUCUCAAGAAGGGGCCGCUUUAUGAGUAGCAGCCGUGUUAGUCUGUAUCCGCAAAAAGAACAGGAGUACUUGUGGCACCUUAGAGACUAACAAAUUUAUUAGAUUUAUUAGAUGUCUCCUCAAUAUAUGUUUCACUCUAUAUGCAUCCGAAGAAGUGGGCUGUAGUCCACGAAAGCUUAUGCUCUAAUAAAUGUAUUAGUCUCUAAGGUGCCAUAAGUACUCCUGUUCUACUUACGCCUUUGGUUGUGCUGAAUCAUCUACAAAAUGUACAGCAGACUGCACAGCUAGAUCUCAAAACAUUUGCUUUUGGAUUUGUAAUGAUGUUCUUUAUCUCAUCUGCUUGUAAAUUUGUAUCCAUAAUAUAAAACUUCCUACUUUCCAUUCGGGAUUACCAGAGCUUGCACUAGCUGCAUUUCAACAACAGAUGGCACCAAUCAUCACAAGAAAUCAGCCAGAGAUGUACUAGGUAUAGUCUAGGUUUGUUUGUUACAAAAAGUAGCAUCAUGAUGGAAAAACAAAAUGCAACUAUGCAAGCUAAAGGAAAGGAGAAUCCCCUUGGAAAUAGUCUGUGUUCAGGAGACUAGAAUUUCAUAUUUAGCACGGUCUGUUUGUGGUAGGAAUUACCUCAUUUAUCUGCUCAAAGUCUGACAAAAAAGGUGCUCUGGUUUCACACUCUUUUAUUUUUUUGCCAAGCCAUAGGCUGUUGGCUCAAGCUUUGGAGCUUACAGAGAGCUCUUCCGAAGCAGCAGCUUCUCUCUCUCACCAACAGAACUUGGUCCAAUAAAAAAAUAUUACCUCACCCAUCAUGUCUCAAAAAAUCAUGAGAGCUGGUUUACAAAUCACAAGCAGUUCUCUGUAACAAGGGGCAGGAACUUACUUUUCUCUUAAAUGAAAGCUGAGAUUCUGAGGUAAUAACAUGAUUCCAGGAACUGAGACUUUGAGAGAAGGGGGAGGAAGAAACCCACCAAAUAUGGUGAGUCUCAGAAUAUACGAGGGGAAUUGAAGCCACUGGUUACUUUUCCAGAAAAGGCUCCCCUGUGCUCACAAACAAUGCUGCUUAAUCGCUCUCCUUCAUAAGGCAAUUUCCAUGCCCCUCUCACCGGCCCGAGCCAGCGUCGAACUAUGUGCAACCCAAGUGCAAGGCAAGGCGGCUGUAGAGGGGUUUGUCAUCUGCUCCAGGAAGGAUUUUCCCCCCAGUCACUCUGAGCAGAUGCUGAAGGGAAGGGAAGUGCAGGACAGGGUUGAGCUCCUAUUGAAAUGAACAAGGGAAUUUUUGAGGCCGUUCCUGGUGACGUUUCUGUCUCGCGUUUCGCGUUCCUCUGAAGGGCCGGGGAAGGGCGUUACCCCCAGGAAACAUGGCUCAUAUCGAUACAGCGUAGGGCAGGGCGCUUGUUUUGCCCUCGGUAAAGAUGGCAGCUAGACGUCUUGCCCAUAACAAAGAUGGUCGCCACGCGUCUUUUUCUCGGAGGGGCAGCGGGUGGCCCGUCCCAAUAACGUGGAUGGCGGUUGUUUGAUGGGGCGGAGUCAGGGCACCCUGCGCCGACCAUGUGUCGCAGACGGAUGACGUACCUGUCCCGCCGUGAUGAGGGCAGCAGGGGUUUCCCCGCUGGUGUUGUUGUCCCUGGGGUCCGGAACUAUGGGAGGCAAUAGCGCAGGGCUCCCUGGCCGGCUCUGAUGGCGGCGGCCGCAGCGGCCGACGGCCCCGUGCCGGUGCUGGACGAGUUCACGGCUCCGGCGGAGAAGAGCCGCUUCCUGGAGAAGAGUCGAGGCCGCAUCCAGAGCCUGUUCGGGGUGCGACUCGCCGUGCUGGAGGCGCCGGGAGACUGGUGCCCCUCGGGACGGACCCCUGGCUCGGGCCCGGCCACUGACCGGAUCUGGCUGCGGCUCUCCGGGGACAAGGAGACUGUGCGCAGCGCCAAGGAGUAUAUUAAGGGACUCUGUGAACCUGAACUAGAAGAAAAGGAAUGUUAUCCAAAGGAUAUGCACUGCAUUUUUGUUGGAGCACAGAGCCUGUUUCUUAACUGUCUUAUUCAGGAUACCUGUGCUGAUAUAACAGUGCAGGAAAUAGGAUUACUUAGUAUUAAGGGUGGUGCGGAGGCUGUUGUGAUGGCUAGAAGUCAUAUUCAGCAGUUUGUGAUGCUCUUUGAAAACAAUGAAGGCUUAUUAAGUGACAAGGAAUCGAACAUAAAAAAGCAAUUUAAACAAUUUGUGGAAGCACAUGCAGAUAAAUAUACAAUGGACUUGUUGAUCUUGCCUAGCUCUCUUAAAAGAGAACUUCUGAAUCUUACACAAAGUGAUUGCUGUGAAGCAGAUGGCAAUAUUAUAGAUCUUACUACAGAUUCUGAAAGUACACCAGAGUUUUCACAAAACAAAACCCCAAAACUAACUGUAAUGAGUGGAGAUGGAAGAACAAUUGGAGAGGAAGCAAGAAAAAAAGCUGGAACCCCUGUAACAGAGCUUACAAAACAAAUGGACACUGUGUUUUCCAAUGCACCAGGAAAGUGUUUUGUUCCUAUUAAUGGUGUGACUCCACUUGAGGCAUCUGUUUCCAAAGAGAGACAGUCAUGUAAAAGGAGGUGUUCUGAUGCUGAGGAAAGGCUUCCUAAGAAACAGUUUUCAUUAGAAAGUGAUCAGGAGGGCAGGCCUACACCAUGCAGUAAAGAUCCAGAUAGGGAUGCAGUUAUUGAUCUGGUUUCUGAUAGCUGCAAUGAGUCGGAUGAUCCACGCUUCUCUAUUACAGACUGUGAUGACAUUAGUGAGGAAAUGGAAUACAAGAUUCUUGUAAACUUUUUCAGGACCAUGGGAUAUUCCCAAAAAAUUGUAGAGAAAGUUAUUAGUGAACUGGGACAAUCAAUGGAACCAUUAAUGCUCCUGGAAGCAAUAGAAAAGGAAAGUACAAAGUUUCAGAAGGAAAAGGAACAGUCACCGCAGAUAUCUAGAACUGUAAGUGUGCAUUCAGGUGGUAAUGCAGAUCUUUCACAGACUCUGAAAGACAGAGGUUCUAUCAGUAAAAAUCAACUUAAACCCAGUCAUACUUUAAAGGAGACAAAAAAUGUAAAACAAAAAAGAGCGAAUUCACCACGUGCACAGCUCCGGGCAGAAGACAAAAUGCAUGUGACAGACUAUAAAAAUAAAUCUGCUCUUCCUUCCACUAAAAAUUCAACAGAGCAUUGUAAACAAGUACAUUUGAAUUCUUCUGACCAGAGUCCCAAUUCCAGGACAAAUGAUAUAGAAACUGAUGGUCUCAUACCGUCUUUUAACACUGCACAAGAAUUAAAGAAAUAUGGAGCACUAAAAGAUGUUGACUUUGUAGCAAGAGGGAGCUCAGACCGAGAGCAUGCAUCAGUUCAGACUGAAACUGUAGUUCAGCAAAAAUCUGCAGGGCCCUCGAAUACGCAGAAUAAUCAACCUGUUCAUGUGCAGAGACCAGGACAUUGCAAUCCUUCCCAGUUUAGACUCCUCCACCAACCCUCUUUUGAUAUCCCAAAACCCAUUGAACGUCCUCUUCCAACUUCUGUGUUUCCAUCCCAACUGCAUGCUCCAAAUCUAGAGAGGAAGACAGUGGGACCGUACAGUCAUCAUACAGAUGCCUCAGUUACUGGGGUUCAAAGGUUUAUGGAUUCUCUUAAAAAGCCGUAUAAUCUGGAGUUGAAAAAUGAACCUGGGAGAGCAUAUUUAAAACACAUCAUUAUAGAUGGAAGCAACGUUGCAAUUUCUCAUGGUCUACAGAAGUUCUUCUCCUGUCGAGGAAUUGCAAUAGCUGUUGAUUACUUUUGGAAACGUGGCCACAGAAGUAUUACUGUGUUUGUUCCACAGUGGAGAACAAAACGUCAUCCUAACAUCAAAGAGCAGCAUUUUUUAACACAGCUCCAGGAUGUUGGAAUAUUGUCUCUAACUCCUGCAAGGAUGGUAUUGGGAGCAACAAUUGCUGCUCAUGAUGACAGAUUUUUGCUGCAUCUUGCUGAUAAAACCGGAGGCAUUAUUGUUACCAAUGAUAAUUUCAGAGAAUUUGUGACGGAAUCACGUUCUUGGAGAGAGAUUAUUGAAAAAAGGUUGCUCCAAUACACAUUUGUUGGGGACAUAUUCAUGAUUCCUGAUGAUCCUUUGGGAAGAAAUGGACCUAGAUUAGAGGACUUCCUUCGGAGUGAAUGCUGUUCUAGAGAUUUUCCACCAGCACAAAUAACUCUACCGACUGGGGGACUGCAUUCUUCUGGGACCUCACACUUCAUGCCAAUACCCAAGUCAUGCAGUAAUAAUAGACAACCUAUGAACCAAGUACAUGGUGGUCCUCCAUCUGCCAGGCUUCCAUUUGAACCAAACUUGCCAAACAUACAGACUGGUCUAACAAUUCCACCACAAAGAUCUACUACAGAAACAAUACAACUAAGGGAAGCACUGAUAAAAAUAUUUCCUGAUUCUGAGCAAAGACAGAAGAUUGAUCGAAUACUAUCUGAACAUCCAUUCAUGAGAGACCUUAAUGCACUAUCUGCCAUGGUGCUUGACUGAAUAUGAUAUGGGGGUCUUACAUUGCAACUGAUCCAUCUAAACUUUGAAUGUCAAUGUGAAGAAACAUGUUGCUCUGUGUCAUGUCACUUUAUGCAUAUUCAGAAAAUACCUUUAUUUGUAUAAAAAGAUAUGAACUAUUUUUUUGUGUGCAUAUUCCUAGGGCUUUCAAACAUCAACCUUUUUUGGUAAAUUAAGUUAUGCUGCUAUUACAGAUUUGUAUUAAUAUUUUCUGUGAAAGAAAACAAAACUUUGCUUCUGCCUCCUUGGAAUUGUUUAUUAAAGAAAUAGCAGUUCA